AUGCCGACACAUGGCAAACCUCAUGUUAAUCUCGAGUGCAUGGCGACGAUGGACGACAUCACGGAGGAGGACGGCAACUACUGUGAAUUCCAGACGUUCCCGAGCGGUUCAUGGCACGCUGCUCUUUUUUGCUCGGACGUCGUAAAGCAGCUGCUUGCGACGCAAUUCCACACGUUCAUGAAGAAGGUUCAAGAGGCGGACUGCAAGGCGGAGUUGCGACGUCUCGUGGCCAAGGGACCACCCAUUUGGCUCGAGGACAAACAUGCACUACCUCUUCCCGAGGGAGACACGCACAUUACUCACGUGUGGUUUGCCAGGGAUGACGAGGAGCGCAGCGCAAAAUUGGACGGAGCCGUGGAAGGCGAAGCCCGUGACGUUUUGUGGGAAGAGUUGAAGCAACUUUUAGCCGCCAUGGAAGAAGACAAGGAGGAAGUUAGAUAA